AUGGCAGCCGGCGAACCUCCCGCGCCGAGCGCCGACGCGGCAUCGGGGCCCGAAUCCGCGGCCGAGGCCGAGCACCUCCUGGCGCUGGCCGAGUCGGAGCUCUCUGCGGGCCGGCUCCGGGCAGCGCGCAGGCACGCCCUCCGCGCCGCCCGCCUGUACCCAUCCUGCCCGCGCGCCUCGGUGGUGGUCACCGCCGCCAACGUGCUCCUCGCCAACGCCUCCUCCCACCACGCCGCGCUCCUGCUGCCCGAGCCCGACGACCCCGACGCCUCGCCGCUCUCCGCCUCCGAGCUCCGCCGCCACUUCAAGUCGCUCGUCAAGUCCCUCCGCGUCGGCCCCGACUACGCCGCCGCCUACCCCUCCUCCGCCGACGCCGCCGAGGAGGCGCUCUGCCGCGCCACCGAGGCCUACGAGGCGCUCACCGCCCCGCCCCCCGGGACCUUCUGGACCGCCUGCGCUGGAUGCCGCCUCCUCCACGAGUUCGAGCGCAAGUAUGUGGGAUACCGCCUCAUCUGCCCCUCCUGCCGCCGGACCUUCCUCGCCGUCAAGGUCCCACCUCCGCCGGAGGCCGAACGCCCUGCCCGUUUGCCUUCGCCUCGGCGGAAGCCGGCGGCGGCGAAGAAGUCGGACAAGCUGGAGAUGACGCUCGCCGAGAUGCAGCUCCAGUUCGCCAAGAAGAGGAGGGGCGCAAAGGCUCCGGAGAGCUCUUCCCGAGACUUGGUGGUGUUAGAUGAGGAGGAGGAGGACGCCGCCGAGGAGGCUGAGGCGGAGAACAACCAUUCGGACCUGAUGGCCGUGGAGGACUCUGACUUCUACAACUUCGACGCCGACCGCGGCGAGAGGUGCUUCCAGAGAGGCCAGCUCUGGGCUUUGUACGCCGACGCCGACGGCAUGCCACGGCACUAUGCGCUGGUGGAUGGGGUCCAGCGAGGCGCCCAAUUCCGCGUGCAGAUACACGGUGGCUGGAUGGCGAGGAGGGGAAGCCAUGCGGUGGCGAGGGCGGUGUACCGGGUUUAUCCCUGGAAGGGCUCGGUUUGGGCGCUCCAUGGUGGCGAUGCCGGGAGGACAAAGUAUGACAUUGUGGUGAUGCUCAGCAGCUACAAUGAUCGGUAUGGUGCCAGCUUCGGGUACCUGGAGAAGGUGGAAGGCUUCACGAGUAUCUUCACACGCCGGGAUGUCGGAAGCCAUGCUGUCCACGUCCUUCACAAGGGUGAUCGUGGGGCGCUUUCGCAUCAGAUACCGGCCUGGAAGUUGCCCAAGGGCGAGGGAUCGGCUCUGCCUCCUGGGGAUUGCUGGGAACUGGAUCCUGCAUCAUUGCCUCCUGAGUUGCUGCGCAUCCAAGCAUCGAACCAUGGGAAUGAUCUGGUUGUGGUGUAA